AGCCAUUAAAAUACCCUGAAUUCAACCUCAGAGGAAGUCAGUGGUUACUCAUCGAUCGAAGCUUCUAUUCACGGUCAGACUACUGUCGUCUGUAAUAAUCUGCUCGCGCGAGUUACGUUAAAAAUAAGGAAAAAUGGGAGUUCCCGCUGGUGAUCCGGAGAAAGGAAAGAAGGUUUUUGUACAAAGAUGCUCACAGUGUCAUACCAUUGAAGCUGGUGGCAAACACAAGGUGGGACCCAAUUUACAUGGAAUCAUUGGUAGGAAAACUGGUCAAGCUCCUGGUUAUAGCUACACAGAUGCCAACAAAGCAAAAGGCAUUACUUGGAAUAAGGAUACAUUGUUUGAAUACCUUGAAAACCCAAAGAAGUACAUUCCGGGUACAAAAAUGGUGUUCGCUGGUUUGAAGAAGCCACAAGAACGAGCUGACUUGAUUGCAUACAUUGAACAAGCAUCAAAGUAAAUUUGAUACCUGUCGAAGAUGAGCAAACACGCUAGACGUGUUGAACGGAUGUUGCAGAGGAAACUAGUACUAUUAUCGUUUCAAACCUCAUGAAUAUCCGAUUGCAUCUCAUUCGACUCAUUCAUUGAUUCUCCCCCACCUGGUACUCAAGUGUUUGCAAAGUCUGAAUAGUGGCAAAUUGUUGUUGUUAAUUAUAAGUAGGUAUAUCAUGUAACUAUGUACAUUGACAGGAGUCAGGCUAGGACCAGCUAGAACUGACUCUACUUCAUCAUAAAAGAUAUUGCGGUGCUCUCUCACAAUGGCUGUGCCAUUUGUAGACUAUGCACUAUUAUUUAUUUGUGAUCAAACGUGAUUCAACUUGUUCUACAAACUAUUAAGUUGUAACACAUGAAUGUAAAAAUACAGAUUCGGCGAUGAAUUUGUAAUACUCAGUUUCUUCUGUGUUAACGAGAAAGACAAGUUUCUAAAAAAUUAAGUAACAAAGUACAAAAAGCAAUAAAGCUAUACAUCCCACUAAUCAUUAAAUUUAAAUUCGAUCGACAAUGAAACACUGAAAUGCUUAAACAAUUUAGUUCAUUCAAUUGUACAAAGGAGGAGAUAGUGUCAAUAGCUAAAGUUUUAAGAAGAUAAUGGAUUCUAUUCGAAUUAACGAAUGGAAGUAAAAUAAAUUAAAUUAAUAAAAACA